AUGGACGACGACCUGUGUGCAAAGUGUGAAGAAAAACCCGGUGAUGUCCGAUGCUCCUGCGGUGAGCGGUUCUGCGAAUACUGCUUCUCCAAGAAACACCUACCGCGCAAUCAAACCCACAAACGUGGUGGUUCGAAAAAGACCGAAACCAAAUGGAACAGAAUCAAGGGAGUAGUUUCCAACAUUGCAAGUUCGUUUUCUCCUGCUUCGCACUUUCAGAGAGAUGAGACGACUAAAUGGUUCGGUCUUCACGUUUCGUCACCGCCUGGACGUAAGGAUCGUAUUGCGACAUUGGUUGAGACUACGCGAUUCUCUAACCUUUUAGAGGAGUCGCUUCAUUUCGAUAAGCGGAGUCCCAGGCGGCAGUAUCCGAGCAUUUGCUCGUUUGUUGGGGAUACUGGUGCAGGAAAGUCGACUCUGAUCCGAAGCUUGAUCUUUGACUCCGAACAGGCCUUGGAUUUCGAUCCCCUUGACGCUCCAGUUCCUGGAGCUCAGACUGGAUCUUCUGCCAUCAGAUCUACUACUGGAGAAGUCAAUCUGUACCUUGACCCAACGACCUUUGGAACAGUGGCGCCGAUGUUCUAUGCAGACUGCGAAGGGCUAUUGGGUACAGAACCUCUUGCGGCAGAGCACCAGACCGAAUGGGCAAGGUAUGGACAGCGCUAUCUCAUUGAGUCCAAGGAUGGUAAGCCAGUUGAUCGACGAACGGCUGUCAAGACCAUCUAUCCUCGCUUUCUGUACAUCUUCAGUGAUGUGAUCUGCUAUGUCACCAGGAACCACAGAGCGUGGGCCGAGUCGGCGCUGCGACUUCUGAACUGGAGCAAGGUUGGUGUGCAGAACACUAUUAAUCAACAUGCACUACCUGCGCUGAUCAUUGUUCUUAAUGGGCCGAGUCUGGAGAAUGAGGAAUGGCUUGGUGAUGAUCAUGAGGUUGUCACGGAUGCUUUCUUUCAGGCUAUUGAGAAGGAGAUCAGCGAGACAACCGAGUUUCGUGAACUUGCUCAAAAGCACGGAGACAAGACAAUGAGACAGUUGUUUUCAAGGAGCUUCUCCAGUGUCUAUGUUCACUACAUCCCACUAGAGGGCUACGGACCACUCGGAACUAGUCUUGAGAUUAUCAACCAAACCAAUCGAUUGGCUAAACGAGUCAGGAGAGAUGCAGAGCGUGUCCAAGCCCAGAGAGCUGAGUCUUGGACUCGCUUCGACACGACGCAGAUGUCUCAGGUGGUGCAUUACGCAUUUGCGCAUCUUGCAUCAGGAAGUUCAGAACCGUUCGAUUUCGGUCAGUGUCGACGACAGAUAUCGGUUCCGGAUACAACCGAGGGUCACUUUUCCGAAUUUCUUGGCAUGUCGUUGAAGAAUGGCAUGGAGGCCCGGUUUGACGACACGGCUGCUGUUAUCGCGACGAGUCUACUGAGGAACUCAUUGAGUGCGAACAAAGAUGGUACGUAG